ACAAAGCAUAAAAGAGACAGCACUUCCUCCUUGAGGAUAGGAAGCCAAGAUAGUUUUAUUUGAAGGCGUUUUGAGUCAUACUCGGACUGGAAUCACAUUUUGGAAGUAGAGAAGAGGGGUAAUAGGGAAGAAAGAAGGAGGAUGUCAGAAAACAUCAUUUAUACUGACUUGAACUUUCCUGCAGUAGCUGGGUUGGGUUCAAGGCUGGUGAAGGACAAUGAUACCCAGGCAGGUCUCAUGAGCCAAGAAGUAAAUAUAACUACCAAAGAACCAAGUCAGCCUAAGCCAGGUGGGAGGUGCUGCUCCAAGGUCUGUGCCCUUGCACUGGUGGUUGUGACAGUCUUUCUUUUGGCCACAGGCGUGACGCUGAUAGUUGUAUUUUCACAGGCUCAGAAGUCAUCAGGGCAGCAAACCCACUCUGCAGCCACCAUAGCUAGAGAAAGAGGGCUCCCAAGUACACCAGUCCCAUCUGAGCCACGGUCAAUCUCCAAAACCUCCAAAGGUCUCCCAACUUCACAAGGCCCGUCUAAGCUACAAACCGUCUCCAAAACCUCCAAAGGCUGCCCUUCAGGGUGGAGAGAAAACGGAACGAGCUGCUACUUCUUUUCUGAAGGGAAAGACAAAAAGAGCUGGAAUGCCAGCAUGGAAGAGUGUAAAAAGAAUGGCUCCAAACUUGUAAUUAUCAACAGCAAAGAUGAAUUGGACUUUCUCAACAGAACAUCACGGAAUUACUACUAUUUCCUUGGCCUGAUGUACUCCAACACCACUAGGAAAUGGAAUUGGAUAGAUGACACAGAGCUUGAUACAGACAUAUUCAACGUAAAGCGGGACUUCUUUGACUAUUGUUGUGCUGUUGUCGGACACAACCAUGUAGCAAGUGCUGAUUGCAAUGGAUCCUCAACAACCGACUAUAUGUGUGAGAAAGCUGUGGAAUAAUCCAGAUGUUCCAGGAAGGGGAAUAUCCCCAGACAAAGGGAAAACUCACAAGGACUUCCCCCAGGCACAUUCACUAAUAUACAUGCAAACACACACAUGCAUAGGAGCCAGCUCCAUCUCCUCCUCACAUACUAGGAUCAGAAACAUGUGUAAACAGACUUUCCCACAUUCCCAGGUGUCAUCCAAAACAGCCCCUCCAUGCACAGCCUCACACAAGUGUAUACACACAGACCUGUGGUCUUAUCUGUGUGCAAGUGCUAUCAUGCUUGCAAGUGUCUGAGCGUAUUCUACAGAGAAGAUGGCACAUCCACGUGUGAGAGGGUUGUCCACUUGUGCAGCCUAUAGCCAUGUUUUGCCUUGACUUAGAUGAGACUAUCCUUUGUGUUGUGUGGGACUGUGAGCGUAUGUACCCUUCCGCCCCAUUGCCACAUUCAAAUUGCCUUGACCUCUCUCUUGUUCUCCACUCACGUGCCACUCCGUGAUAGUAAAAUGAUACUCAGGAGGAUGGAUGAUUCUCUGAGCAGAAGUCAUACUGGCAGGGUCACCGGUCUUCUGCAGGGCUCCACCUUCCCUACACCCUGCCCCUUUCCUCUCAGGCUGUUGGUUGCAAGUGUGAGAUGCCUAGUAAAGACUCCUUUCAAGCUCAGCUGAGUUCUUUGCUCCACAGCUUCUCAGCAUCUGUUUCCUCUUUGGGGUCUUCCUUUAAACUGCCCAGUUUUCUUUCUGAACCAAUCAGUGCAGACUCUCUGGGGCAUGUGCUCUCAUGCCUCUGGGUUCUGCCUGUUUCCUGGGUUUUCCCCAGACCUUUUCCUCUGGCAUGCUGGGACACACGGCUCACUCAGACCCAUCUGAGUAAGUUUCCUGCCAGCACAGUCAGCUCUGCAGGGGUAUAGCAGGGGCUUGGUCCCAGCCUCAACUACAGGGACUGUGAAGACAAAGAGGUCCCUGAGAAGCAGGACCUGUUUCCCAGCCAGGGCCUGGGCAUAUAUCCUAGCAGGGACAGGAAGAAUCAGAGCCAGUGACAUUACCAUCACCACCCAGCCACACUCCAUACAACCCCGGCAGCCUGCACCCACCAGCACUGGAUAUGUGCACAAUGGCAGUAAGCGUGCAUGCCUCACACAGGAAGAGUUCUGGCACAUCAGUGUGACCCACUGGCAUUUAUUUAUGCAGCUGCUCUGGGCUGCCACCAUUACAGACAGAUGUGAGCAAAUGCUAGCCCUGCCAGCCCUGUCCUUUGUACUGCUGAGGCAGCAGAACCAAGAUUUGCAUGCAAAACCCCCUCUCCUUGCACCACUGCCUGCUCAUUCCUCUUGGACACAUAGGCAACUGGUAGGGAGGGCAUGGGGGGUGGGCAUGUGCCCCCCUGAUAGUGCCGUCCCCACCACUGCUGGCAUCUGUGGGUGCUUUCCAGCUCCAUUCCUGUUGCCACCACUGCUGGUACAUCCAGAGGAUGUACCAUGGACAAGCACAUGUAAAUAGAUUCCUGAGUACACAGGCCUCAUGCAGGGUUUCAAGAGCAUAGUAAUAUAUUGUGCAUCACUGGCGGCAGGCUAGUGCUCACAGUCUGGCAGAGGUGGGUCUGGCAGAUACUUCCCAUGCCCUUCCCUGGUCUGCCCAUGGAAGUGCAGUAGCCAAGCAUUAGCACUGCCAGCGAUGCCUCACUUAUCCCUGGGACAUGGAUGGAAUUCUGUUGUCUUCUAUUCCUGCAGGAACUUCAAGGGGAGGGGAGGGCACCAACAUCGCGGUGCAUCAGGUGGGAUCUCAUUAGGCUUUGGGAAGAGGAGCUGUCACUGCCUGGCUACCAGAUGGGCCAGUCCCAAGGUCCAUGGUUAAGGAUGGCUGGGAAACCACAACAGCAUAUUGCUGUGUUUCCUGCCUGCCUCCCACCCUCUCUCCACCCCACACACGCUUGGGGUGCUGCAGUGAGCACUCCAAACACAGCCAAACCUGAGCUGGCAGCAAUCACAUCCCUGGGGGAGCCAAAACAACUUGGGAUAGAGCCAGCCACCACCAGUCUCCAAGACUGGGAAGAGGGUCUGGCAAGGGCAUUUUAGGAGCCAUGAAGGGGACCAGGUUCUCUCUGAACCUGGUGACGGAAUGGUAACCCCAUGUUAUGUUUCCCACCCUCCAAGGUUGGCCCAUGUUGCCUUGAGAACCUGAAGGUCAAGGGCUUUAUCGGCUGCCAGGCACCUUGUGAACAUGAGGGCAGGCAGGAAAAGGAGCAAAGAAGAAGUGCUGGGGGACUCCUCCAAGCAGUGCACCUGGCUAUAGAGGCCUGGAGGGAGCUGGGGUAGUACCCCCAUUAGGAUCAUAGUGUGAAGUGUGGAGCAGGAUGUGAACCAAAAGCAGGCACAGGAGAGUGUGGUAAUCAGUGCAGAGAGGAGGCCAGGCAGUCAAGAGGGGUCACUUCUGUCAUAAGGGGCUACUAGGCCUGAAGCAACAUCCAGCACAAACAGCAAACACAAGGCUUUUUCCUGGCAGCUCUGAUCAGCCAGUCAUGCAUGAUGUAGUCAGUGAACCAGCCCCAUCACUCAGCUUUUGUUCACAUUGCUGUUUCCCCUGUAAUCUCUUCUUGUGGUCCUCCCCACCUGUGCUGCUGAACACCUCAUUCUGGGGCUGCUGCUGUCCACACUGCAGUAUCACCAGCCACAGUUACUCCACCAUGGACAUGGAGCACAGCACCUCCUGGGAACCACACUGCUUUGACCUCUCUAACCCCCACAUGCACCUGAAUCCCUUUCACUCCUUCCCUCAGAGGAUCCAAACCUAUAAGGGGAUGGAGGACAUUCUCUCCUUGGAAGCUGUAAACUUCAGCAAGAAGGGAAGGGCUGAAGAGCCCUCAGCCCCACUCCAUUUGCAUGUUAUGUGUAGUUAGUUGUGAAAAUAUGUCUAAUUCUUUCCCAUUUCCAUUUGACCUCUGGUAUUUGGCACAAUCUCUUGUAGCCAUGCUGUUAAGCCCUGCUAUGUUGUGUUUUUCCUGCUGCUUCAUUUUGAAGGUUGCCUGUGAUUGCAGUGAUCCACUUUCUACUGGGACCAAAAUAAAGGGCCCCUUAAAAAAAACAAAACAACCAAACCCCCAAAACCCUGUUAUUGUUCAUUUUAUGCAGCUCAUGGCAUUUAUUGGAUGGGGUUGCCAUUAAGCCUGUGCGGAUAGAGGAGUAUUCAAUUCAGAUUCAGAUUUGGCUGAUUUGGAAGGCAGUCAUUUAAUUCACAGGUUGGGAUCAAAGUCCCGAAUCGAUUCGGGUGAAUUGGAUUAGGUGCCAAUUUGGAGAGAUUCGGAGAUUCGGCCAUAGAGUAUAAUGGGGAAUCACUGAAAUACCUAUUACUUCGUCAUUUUCUGGUUGAUUCAGAUAAAUAUUGGAGGGAUGGUAGCGCACUCUGAGGGCGUGAAGUCUGUCAAGUUUCAAGGCGAUAGGUGCAGGAGUUUCUGGGAAACUGCACCUCAAAGCAAAACUCAUGUCACGUGUGUAUGUUAAGCCACAGUGGGGUGAAAACCACAGGCAUGCUAGCCCCUGCUGAGGCCGUGAAACCUGCCAGCUUUCAAGGAGAUAGGUGCAGGAGUUUCUGAGAAACUACACCUCAGGCUGCUGACAAGCAAAACUCAUAACAUGGGUGAUUGUGUGUAUGCUAAAGCAUGCUCUAAUUGGCGCUGGAGCAUCUACAUGACAUGGUAUUGUGCCUAGUAGCCCUUGUAAGCAGUGCAUUGCAGCACAGUAGUACUAACAUCUCAGGCAGCCAAACUAUCAGAGAGCCUUUCUUUCCUUUCCUGCAGGAGCCCCUGUGUGCUGCUUCU